CUUGUCGUCUUCUUUGCUCCUCGUCUAGUACUCAUGCCCACAUGUACUGGAUUUUGCCUGCUUUUCUUCGUCCUUGUUCACGUCUUCUCGGCGACUGCUAGCUUUUUACCUCCUGUGACCCCGCUCACUGUACGAUCUCCGUACUUCAGUGCGUGGCUCCCCACAACAAGCGUCAGAACACCACCAAACGAAUGGCCGGGCACUAUCCAAUCUCCACCGGGGGACACUCAUCAAGUUCUCGGAUGGACAGGAUACGUGAGAAUUGAUGGGACGUCGUAUGAAUGGCUCGGAACCACAACAGAAUAUGGAGGUGCAACGAACCUGACGGCCACCACAAUAACUCCUACACGCACGGUCUUCACAAUUCAGGCUGGUCCCAUGGAUCUGAAUGUCACUUUCCUGAGUCCGAUCGAGCCUGGAGACUGGACUCUGCAAUCGUUGCCAUUCGCGUACAUGUAUUUUGAGGCUUGGUCGACGGACGGGAAUGAACACAGCGUCCAAGUGUACUCAGAUAUUACCGCAGAGUGGCUCUCGGCCGACUCAACCGAAAUCGCGAAUUGGAACACGUCCAGGAGCACAAACUACGUCUAUCAUGAAGCCUUCCUUGCAACACAAUCUCAGUAUACAGAACGCACUCCGCAGGGUAUGGCUGAAUGGGGAAGUCUGUAUUUUGCCACAAAUACAAAUUCGUCAAUGACGUACGCAACAGAAUGGUCUGAUACAACGCGACGGGCCUUCAACUCUAGUGGCGCCUUAGAUGGAACAUUGAACACGACUUUCCGUGCCAUCAACAAUGAUUAUCCCGUCUUCGCGAUGUCACACGAUCUUGGAAACAUAUCGUCGACUAGCGAGCCCAUUGUGUGGGCCAUCGGCUUCGUUCAGUCGCCUGCGAUAUCGUAUGUCGAUCUUUCAGGGACUUCGCAGGAUCGGUAUCCGUAUUAUAUGUCGACCGAGUACUCAGAUACGGAUACUUUGAUCAAUGACUUCCUCACCAACUUUACUGCUACAAAGUCACGCGCGGAAUCAUUAGACGACUCCAUCAUGACUGCCGCCCGCAAGAUCUCAGACGAAUACGCAGACAUCGUUGCGUUGGCUGCGAGGCAGGUCUUUGGUGCUGUACAGCUGACUGUAUCCAAAGCAUCUGAUGGGAGCUGGAAUACGAGCGACGUUCUUGCAUUCCAGAAGAACUUGGGUGACACAGCGGGGAAUUCUAGGCGGGUGAAUGCGGUCGAGACGAUGUACGCUUCAUGGCCUUUCUUCAUGUCGGUGGAUCCGUCUAUGGGGCCACUUCUGCUGGAGACACUGCUGAGGUUCCAAAAUUCAUCCUCGUACACGAAUGACUACCCUGCUCAGGACGCAGGGACUGCAUAUCCCAUCGCGACGACGAAUAGUGAUGGUCAUUCAGCGGGCGUUGAACAGGGUGGAAAUAUGAUCACUAUGGCAUACUCGUUGGCGCGCACCACCGGGGAUGCGAGCAUGGUCGACCAAUACUAUAAUUUGUUCAAAACUUGGACCGACUACAUAGUCAGCAACGUUUUUACUGGCUCCUCGAAUGAGCCAAAUGUAGCUCUCAAGGGCAUCAUCGCGGUAAAGGCUAUGUCUCAGCUUUCUUCUGCACUCGGCAAAAGUGCCGACUCGUCAUCCUAUUCUACCUCCGCGUCGAGCCUUUUCUCACAAUGGGAUCCUCAAUCUUUGACGUCGGCAGGAUUGAUGAUGGCCGACUUCGGGGACACAGGAUCCUGGGAUCUGGGCUACAACCUGUUCUUCGACAAGUGGUUGGGAACAAACUUCAUCAAUUCAUCAAUAAUCACAGCGCAGACGAACAAGAUGAAGUCGCUCAUGACGGACACUUCUUACGUAUAUGGUAUCCCGUACGACAGCACGGACGAGUCCUACACAACAUCUUCCUGGCAGAUGUUCGCCGCUGCAGUUGCUUCCGACCCUUCCGUCCGAGACUCCCUCAUAUCACUCCUACACGCGCAUGCGGGGACCAACGUCAGCCCGACUCUUGGACCAUUUCCAAAUGUAUAUGAUCCUACAUCAAACCAGCAGUGGGAAGUAUCAACGUCGGCCUUGGCCGGCAAUGGAUCUGGAGCGAGCCCGGCACAAGGCGCGAUGUAUGCGUUCUUAGCUCUGGACAUCAGCGCUCAAGACAUCGGGACUACGUCUUCAAGCUCUUCAUCCACUUCCUCCAAAUCCAACGCCGGCGCUAUAGCUGGUGGCGUUGUCGGUGGCGUCGCCGCCGUCGCACUCGUCGUCGUCGGCCUCAUCUGGCUCAGAAGACGAAAGGCACACGAAGAUCCACAGAUAAAAGACCCGUCUUUCCAGCCCUUCCUGGACAAGGAGCCGUCAACCGCACAAUCGUUCGCCAUGGGCAACAUCCCAUCCGAUACAGCUAGCGCAGAAAUUGGGAUCGGUGCAUCUGCUGCUACAUUGUCAGACAAACAGAGAAUGAGGCUCAGAGAGUUCGAACGGGAGCGACAGUCGAGUUUCAGCUCCACGCCUUUUGAAUGGCCGGGUGCCGGUGUCGCGGCCAGUCAAAGCGGUAGUGGAAGCGGAAGUGGUGGUGGAGGAAGCGUCAGUGGUGCCGGUGAGGGGAGUGAUCCAACAUCUGGGACCCUUUCUUGGUCACCAAACCGCCGGACACGUUCUUCUUUCUCCGACCCAUCGACUAGCGUUGUGUCACCUGGUUCUGCCCCGAGACUAUCCGGCACGACAGAUGUGGACGAGUUAAGGGCGCAGGUUAUAGGCUUGAGACAGCAGAUGGACGAGAUCAGGAUGGAGAGGAUGCCCCCACCAACGUACGUUUCGGAGGACUUCAGAACGGGUGAUUGAUGUCUGAAGAUGGAUACUAGUGUCUGUUUAGUCUUACUUACCGAUCCCUUAUUCGAACGUUGGCUUGGUGAAAUAUAUGAUACCUCAUGGACUCGACGUUUUGUACUAUUAAUUCUUACGCUCCUUUGCUUCGUAUAUAUCAGGGAUCUGUUUGCUUUGGUAUUUUGUUGUUCAAUUG